AUGUGAUCAGCUGUGUCCAAUCACAGCUGAUCACAUAGGAGAGCCGGUAAUCAGCUUUCCGCAGAGGGGACAUGUACAAUGAUCAGUGUGCCCUGAUGAUCAGUGUGGCCCCAGAAGUGCCACCUGUCAGUGCCCAUCAGUACCACGUGCCAGUGCCCAUCAGUGCCACGUGCCAGUGCCCAUCAGUGCCACAUCAAUGCCACAUAUCAGUGCAUACCAGUGCACAUCAAUGCCACAUAUCAGUGCCCAUCUGAGCUUCCUUUCAAUGUCACCCAUCAGUGCCAGUCAGUGCCACCUAUCAAUGCCAAUCAGUGCCACCUAUCAGUGCUGCCAAUCAGUGCCACCUAUCAG